AGGAAACGGUUUAUUAACAAAACAAACAAGCAAGAAAAAAUAGUGAUAAAAUUCAAGCAAAUAAUCGUAUUAUACGUGGAAGAUAUUAACUAAUUGCUAUUUAAUAAUAAAAUAAAGAUUUAUUAUAAUAUAUAAAAACAAGAGUUCAACACUAAUAAACAAGUUGGCUUUGAAAUUAAUUUAAAAUAAAACAGAGAUAAACAGCAAAUACAAAAAAAGUAAAGAAAAAUUUAACUAGUUUAACUAAAAUUUCAAGUGCAUAUUGCAUAAAACUAAUUAAACAAAAUCUUAAGUAUUUUUAAGAUUUAUAAUAAUCAAAGAAGCUGUAGUAAAAAAAAUUCUAAAAAAAGAAUUCCGCUUAUUAACUGCAGUUUAGUGAAAUUUAAAUCCACACAAUGGGAAAAGAUUUCUAUAAAAUUCUUGGCAUCAAUAAAAAUGCCAAUGAUGACGAAAUAAAGAAAGCCUAUCGCAAAUUGGCUUUGAAAUACCAUCCCGACAAGAAUAAGACACCACAGGCUGAGGAACGUUUUAAGGAAAUAGCAGAGGCCUAUGAGGUACUGUCGGACAAAAAGAAACGUGAUAUUUAUGAUCAGUAUGGUGAAGAGGGACUGAAGGGUGGCAUUCCCGGAGGCGCAGGUCAUGAGGGUGGUGGCACCUACACUUAUCACGGUGAUCCAAGAGCUACAUUUGCCCAAUUCUUUGGCAAUGCUGAUCCCUUCGGUAUAUUCUUUGGUGGCGGUGAUCCCUCACGCAUUUUUGAAUCACAAACUAUUUUCAUGGGUGACAAUGAUGAUAUUUACUCACAAAUGACUGGAGGUGGUGGCCCCGGAGGAGCAUUCCGUUCACAGUCCUUUAAUGCCCAACCCAAUCGUAAACGUCAAACCCAAGAUCCUCCCAUUGAACAUGAUUUGUAUGUCUCCUUGGAGGAAGUUGAUAAGGGCUGUGUUAAGAAAAUGAAAAUAUCACGCAUGUCUUUGGCCACCGGACAGGCCCGCAAGGAAGAGAAAGUCUUAAAUAUAACUGUUAAACCUGGCUGGAAGGCUGGCACUAAGAUCACCUUCCAACAGGAGGGCGAUCAGACUCCCGGUAAAAUUCCUGCCGAUAUUAUUUUCAUCAUACGUGAUAAACCUCAUCCAGUGUUUAAACGUGAAGGCAGUGAUUUGCGCUACAGUGCCCAAGUAAGUUUGAAACAAGCCUUGUGCGGCACCACAGUAUCCGUACCCACUCUACAGGGUGAUCGCAUUACCGUCAAUACACAGGGUGAAAUCAUUAAGCCCACCACCGUGAAACGUAUUAGUGGCCGGGGGUUGCCUUUCCCCAAAGAACCAUCACGUCGUGGUGAUCUGAUGGUGUCGUUUGAUAUCAAAUUCCCCGAUUCAAUACAGCCGGGUACAAAGGAGCUGCUCAGUGAGAUUUUACCCAACUAGAUAGUAGUAUAAAUAUGUAAUACAGUAGGCUAGUGUAAUAAGUAGGGGAACUGCGUUCAAAUUGCUGGGCGGGAUGUAUUUAUUAUUAUGUAAUAUUUAAUAUUAUUACUAUUUUUAUUAUAAGCGUUAUAUUUAAGUCUUAAGAACAAGAAGUGUUAGGCUAACAACUACUUCCAAUUACUAAAACACCACAAGCUUGCAGUAACAAUUGAAUUAGGCUGCCGGCGGCGUGGUAUCGAGUAAACAAAAAAAAAAAA